AUGGCCGCCGCAGCAGUGUCUGACCAAACUACCGACCUGAGCAAGCAAUAUGACACUCCCCUCGGCCUCGCCCACUCAACUAUGCAAGUCCUCAAGGACAGAAUCAAGCUACAUUAUGACCUUGCAAGCGACUAUUAUUUGAGUUUGUGGGGCGAACAUAUCCAUCAUGGGUACUGGCCAACACCAGAAUCUGAAGCCACGCAAACAAAGGAGGAAGCUCAAGCCAAUCUUAUUCAGCUCCUCCUCGACAUUUCAAACCUCCCACCCAACAGCUCGGUUCUUGAUGUCGGCUGUGGUAUCGGUGGAACAUCUCGGUAUCUCGCUUCCAAACAUGGUAGCUCUGUGACUGGCGUCACCAUCUCCAACAAACAAGUCGAGAUCGCCAAUCGGCUGACCAAAGCUGCUGUCGAAGGCACCUCUUCGUCUGAUGUGUCAGAUGAUAAUGGCUUCACCAAACUCGGCGAGGGAAAAGUCAAAUUUCUCGAGCUUGAUGCCGAGAAGAUGGGCGACUUCUUCAACGACCAGCAGGGCACCUUUGAUGCAGUAUGGAUAAGUGAAGCUCUUAGCCAUUUCCCAAACAAGGCAUUAUUCUUUGAGAACGUGAUGAAAGUCCUCAAGCCUGGAGGCAAGUUGGUAUUGGCAGAUUGGUUCAAGGACGAGGAUGUUGACGAUACAACUUUUACCAAUGAUAUCAAGCCUAUCGAAGAUGGCAUGCUACUCCCACCCCUCUGUACCCAGCAAGGGGAUAUUACUUGGUCACUUGUGCAGAACCCAUCUCUUUGGGCGUUUGCGUUUACUCAAGGCCGUGACGGUAUUGCUUUCUUACAGUCAUUUCGCGCAAUGAGACGGGGUUAUGCCAACGGCUCUUUUCGUUACGCUGUCAUGGCGUUCAAUAAGGAGACGGUAUGA